CGGUGAGCCCAAAACCGACGCAAUUGCUGCCCCCUUUUCGCCGUGAUUCCGGUUUCUCCCCCUCGUGCCGGUUGAGGACGUACGCGAGUCCUCGCACAGGUAUUCCUGCGCUAGUGAAGUUCAAACUAGGCAGAGGCUCCGGCAGCUCAAGCUUGCUGCUAAAAGAAGACGGGCCAUGCGACGAACCUAGAGCCUGGGCACAGCUUUUAACUUCCUCCCUGAGACCGGCCCAGUGCUCUCGGCUCACACAGCCGAGCGCAGCGCCUGAAAUUUCGCAGAGGCCGACUGAGAGCUAAUUUGAGUUGAGGGCCAUCAAAUGACCCCGCCGCGGGCCCGCGCCGCGGGCCGCGGCCGAGGAGGCGCCCGCGCGGCCCCACGGCGCCCUCGUAGGACGUUGGCAGGGUUUCUCGCCCUCCAGCUGCUGCCCGUCGCCGCGUACGCGCCGGCGAGGCCGGUCUCGCCUUCCCGGCUUCGCCUGGGCGCGGCGACGCUGGACCCCGUGGACCUCCCGCCCCAGCGGCGCCUGGGCAAGCUCGACGAGGGCAUCGUGCGGACGGCGCGGAGCUGGAUCACGGAGCAGUGCUUUCGCGGCUGGCUGCGCGACACGACGAAGAAGGGCUGCUUGGAGUUGGAUACUGUUGAUUGCCUCGAAGUUGUGGAACCGGACGAGUGUGAUAUUGGAGAGGGCCUCCAGCGGCAGCGCUGCCCGGACGUUAUUAAACUAAGCACGCAGGGCUUCUCGUGGCUCGGGUUUCAAAAAUUACCUGACGGCGGCGCGAAACUGAAAGCGACGCAGCUCGAGACGGAGCUGGUCAAUAUGCACCGUCGGGUAUUGACGAGAGGGAGAAGAGGUUCAUUUAGAGCCCAACUCACGAUGACGGGCCGCGACCUCGACGCCUCGGCGUGGAUCCGAGCUCGAUUGGAUCGAGUUGUCAGAAGAGUACUCACAAGUUACAUGGGCAAGGAAAUCGCCGACGACGAGCAGAUGCAGUUCCGGACCACGAUCGAGAGAGACGGAAGAGUGGUAGUAAGAGGAGCAGCUCGAGUGGUAGAAAAUAGGAACAUAAUGCAGACGCCGUUCUUCUACUAUGCAAGGCGGUCGCCACCGGGCACGGCCCCUUUCCGGUUUGCGGCGUCGUUCCGACUCGUCUGCGAGGGCGGCGCCGUGCUCUUCAAGGAGCCGGACGUCUACCUGCCGGACCGGCCGUCGUUCGAGGCGCCGCCGCCGUGGCUCUGGGCCGCUAAUCCUGGGUAUGCCUUUGGCUUGGCGCACGCGCCUACUUCCUUAGUCGAGUUCGGCCAGAGCCUCUUCCUGUCGUCGGUGACCGUGGACCCCACGACCUCCUUCGCCGUCACGGCGUUAGAGCCUUCUGUGACGACGCCGGGCGCUUUACAAGUCUCCGUCGAGGCGGGUCCUUCAUUAGCACCUUCUCGGCUCCCGACGAAGGCGCCUUCCGUAACGCUCAAGCGGCGCCUCGCGCGCCCGGCGCUGUUCAAGAAGAAGAAGAAGCGCCCCGAGCCGGCGCCGACGCCGACGCCGGCUAUGAUGGCGUCGACGGCGGCCGUGAUCCCGCAGACGCGCUUCGUCGUGGGCGAGAACCUGCCCUGGGUCCUCAACGCGAAGAAUGCAGCUCCGUUCGCUGUUUUUUCGUCCAUGGUGUUUCUGAGCAUCCUGUUCCAGCUGUUCGCGCUCCCCGACGCUUGUUUUCGCAUCGCGGCGGCGGUGCCCGACGCGGUCGCCUCGGUCGAGUGGAUGUCGCUGCUGGCGCUGCCGGGCAAGGCCGCCGUGGCGCUCUGGAACGCGGUCUGCCUGUUCCCGAAGCUCUGUUCGACGAUCGUCCAGGCGGUCGGGGCGAACGCAGUCGCUGCCGCUCCACGGCGCCGCGUCAUUGUUGCGUGGCACCGCAUGACGCGGGCCCUCCGCGGCCGCAGGCGACGCCCGAAGCGACGCCUGUACCGCCGACGCUGAGAAAUUCAUACCUAUCCCACACUGCUUGUAUAACUGAUUCUUAAACACAAA